CCCUUAAUGCACCGGCUUUUCUCUGGUCUUUCCUCUCUAUGUGUGGGCUACGAGUGUAGUUAUCUAUAGAUUAUAUGUUUGUUUGUCUCUUAUUCCAGGAUCCAUACAGCAGCAGGAGUGACGUAGAGCAUUCUGUGCAGUCGUUAUUGAGGUUGAAAUGGGGAGAAAAACAGAGCUUCGCUCUUUGGACUGAUCUUCCAUCAUCACAGGCCCCAGCAGUCUAUGAUCAGUGGAGACACUUCCUCACAUGAAGAUGAUCCGAUGAGAGACACUUUCAAAGGACAAGGGAUUCUUGUUUUGUAGCGCAAAGGUGUCAGCGAGUUUGUUUUUGAAAAAGAAAAUGAAGAUUUGGAGCACGGAGCAUAUUUUCGGUUACCCAUGGGAGACAGUGAUCAAGGCUGCGAUGAGAAAGUACCCUAACCCCAUGAACCCUAAUGUCGUAGGGGUGGACGUGCUGGAACGCGGUCUGGACACCGAGGGACGUCUACACAGCCACAGACUGCUCAGCACAGAGUGGGGCCUACCAGGCAUCGUACGAGCGAUCCUGGGCACCAAUCACACACAAACCUACGUGAAGGAACACUCCAUAGUCGACCCAGAGGAGAAAAAGAUGGAGUUGUGCUCCACAAAUAUCACUCUCACCAACUUCAUAUCAGUGGAUGAGAGGCUUCUUUACAGACCACACCCAGAAAACCCUGAGGUUACCAUUCUGACCCAGGAAGCCAUCAUUACUGUCAAGGGAGUUAGCCUGAGCAGUUACCUGGAAGGAAUGAUGGCCAGGAGAAUGUCAGCCAAUGCCAGAAAGGGUUGGGAUGCUAUUGAGUGGAUUAUUCAGAACUCUGAAAGAGAACGUACCUCUCUGUGAUGUUUACUAACUCUGGGCUGCAGCUCUACAGUGAUGACUUCUCUCCCUGUCUACUCCCUUUAAACCACAGGGGAUCCUCAGCAUCCUGGAACUCAUUUACUGUAUAUACACACAGCUGUCCUUUUAAGGACUCACAUUUUGACAUUUGACUCCCAUUCAUAUGGGCCUUUUCAAUAGUCUAACCAAAGCCUUAUCCCUAACCUUAACCAAUAAUUGGUUAAUGCCUAAAUCUAAACUUUACUUAACCACAGUUCUUAGACCUAACCUUAACCAGUUCCUCAGAAAUUGAGGUUUUGGUCUCCACUACUGGUACUGACAAGGUCAGUCCUAAAGAGGUAUCAAAGUAUACACACACACGCACACAUAUCCAACACGAGUACAUGCACUGGAAGUUGGGACAGAGUCAAAUGCUGCCAAAGCUGAAUAAUUAUGACAAAGCAUGUUAGAGUAGGAUUGAAUGGUUGUGUCCAAUGUGACUGAGUUCUCAUUAACUCAUAGAUGGUCAUGCGGAUCACAUGGUUUAAAAGUCAUGUGAUCUGCUCCAUCAUGAAGUGCGUCAACUUCAUGACCAACUUUGCUGGUUAGAAUAUUUUAUGAUUGCCCAAUGUUUACUUUGAUCUUAUGUCCUGACUUCAGUUUAGGGACCUUUUUAAUGUAAGGGAGAAACACGCACACAGUUACCUUGAAAACAAGGUACAGUACAAUAUAAUAUGCAACAAGCUUCAUAAUAUUGUUUUUUACAUGAUAUUAUUUUUUUGUAAAGUCAAACACAGGAAACUCCUGUACUAGAUGCUAAAAUCAGAUACUUUUUUCUGGUGCUUAUUGUGUUACACUUUUGCACAAACUGUAGAUAGUUUGCAUGAUCGUAACAAAAAAGGGACAGCGUUUAUUAUAGAAAAUGAGUAGUGUAGCUAGUUGGACACUUAGCAAUGUCGAUGUUAUUUAGUUCAGAUCAUAAAAAUGGGAAUGUACCAUUAAGUAUCGCCUUGUUUUUCUGCUAUUGAGGCACCAAUACACUGGAACCUGUUUGAUGUGAAUGUCAUAGGUAGUGUUGCUUUAAACCAGCAGAUUUUUAACUUAAUGAGAGGGAAGAUGACCGGAUAUACUUUUUUGAUCACUGUCGUAAAAAGGCAGAACUACCUGUUUAUAUGGCUUCACAUUGAUGCCUGUGUAUUUUUGCCCGGGCAGCAGUGUCGUGACAUUAUUACUUCUACACAUCAUGCCUCCAUAUGAACCUCAUACACACUACCCGUCUGACCCCGAGGUGCAGGACAGUACUCUGUGGAAUGGUGCAGCGGGAGACACACAACAUGACUUGUGUACCGAAUCAUCUCCUGUUAAACAGAAUAAUAUUUCCAUAUUUUGAGUGAAUAUUUAUUUAUUGAAAAACACUGCGUGACAAGCGGUGAACCAUAACAUUGUUUACAUUGUCUGUGUCUUGUAAAAAAAAAGUUUCAUUUGCUUUUUUAAAUUUUGUUUUAACGUCAGCUGUUUUAACCUUUUGCUGCAACAAUUAAAACAGCUGUUUGAGAACGUUUCA